AUGCGACACACCGAGAAUACACAAGCCUCUGUUGGCGAAUCCACCAUGUCUGACUUCGACCCAGAGCACGAAGCUCUAGUUUCCACACGACAACUCGACCAUAGCCAGGAGCUACCAAAUCUUCCAGCAUCCUUCCGAAGAGCAAGUACGGCAGGAAAAAGCCCUUCACGUCUCGAUCCCGAGUACACCAUCAAUACAUCUGCGAUCAACCGUGCAUUUCCCGAAUUCUCUGACGUGGAAACUUCCCCUGACGACGAAACCGAAGAUGACUUCUCGAUUGAGAUUGGGCGAGGCGUGAAGAGCUCCAGCCGCAAUAGACGCGACGAUUCUCGCAACUCGAUGAUGAGCAUUGAAAACAGCGUGCGCUCAGCAUCGCCAGCUAUCAAACUCGAUUAUCCUGUCACAAGUACGCCUCCCAAAUCGGCAAUGAGGAGCGCUUCAAAGCGUGCGGUUUCCGGAGAUGCUCUUCGUAAGGACGCUCAGAUAAGACGCGCAAGCCAGAUGCAAAAGGAAAACAUCGACCCCCAGCCGCAACUCAACCGCUCCAAGAAUCAGUCUCGCCCUGCUGAAACUCGCCAUACAUUAGCUGAUAUGCAUGUAAGGGCACGAGAAACAUACGAUGGAUCAUAUAUUAGCGAUGAGAGACCUCGGAAUGUCCCCGUCAACACACGGACGACUCGUUUUGGAAAUGUUUCGGCUCAAGUCGCAGCCGCAAUGGAGUCGGCGUCGCGCAACACGCAGCCUGGUGACUCCCGCCGCGGCAAACAUGAUCCUGCCCCAAACCCUACAUUUACUCUAGACACCUUUACCAACGGCUCAAUUCUGCUUCCCGAUUUGCCAAAUAUUUCUGAGCUAGUAUCGGGUGUUUAUGAAGAUGGGACCCCAGUUUUCACCCGUCAGACUAGACCCCGUACAACACGCUUUGUCUCUCCUCCCGCCGAAGGCAUGGAAACGUCCCAGCCUCGAGGUCAUCUUCCCUUGAAAAAUGUGCCAAUCCCAGAGGAUGAGAAGGCUCUCUUCAUUUCACUAAAGCUUCUACAAGACAAGGUUGCGGACUUGGAACUGGCAAAAGCUGAGACAGAAAAGAAACUUGAAGACGCCCGUGAGGAGAACCAUCUAUUGAAGGUUGAAAAAUCGCGUCGGCAAAAGGAACAGUACGACCGUCUGAAACUGUUUGGGGGCGAGGAUGUCGAACAACCCAGAGGGAGUACUAAAUUACUGCAAGACAAGAACAAACUUGAAGCGAUGAAUUUGGCUUUACAGAACAGACUUGAUAUUGCUGAUCGAAAAGUUCAAGUUCAUGAAUCAGCAUUGAAGUCCUUGGCUCAAGAGCGGGAUUCUGCUGUCACACAGUUAGGGGUGGCUUAUUUGAACACACAAGAAACAAAGCGAGAGGGUGAAGCUCUGAAGAAGGAGAAUGCGGAACUCAGAGCCCAGGUCAACAAGCUUACAGUGCUAACUCGGGAACUGCUCGGAAACGAAACUGACACACGCCAGUCGCUUCCCAAGAACCAGCUAGAAACAGAGAAUGUCACCGCAAGUACCGAUCAAAACGAAGGCAACACGCAAAAGACAUCUGGAUCAACACGUGUUCGGCGCCAAUCCAAAGGAAAAGCCGUGCGUACGGACGAUUCUACGCGGGAUGAAGACUUGUUUUCUCUCAACCUAUCAAGGCCUACUACAGCAAACUUGGAGUCCGUUACAAAAUCGGCAAUACCCUACAGGUCUGGAGAGGCCGAAAACAGCACGAAGGUGCCCAAUACUGGAAAGCAACGCAUCAAACGUGUCAUCGUUGAGGAGGCCGACACUACUGAAAACUUUACUGAGGACCUUCGCGAAGAAACAAAGACUCAAAUCGGCGCUGGGCAGGACUUCACUUUGUUAAGCUUCAUUGAUGAUCGUGAAAUUGCCAAACUUCGCAGACGGCUCGAGAUGGAAAGGGCUACACGCAAGCAAAACCGAUCGCUAGCUGCAAGAGAGCAGCCUGCAGUUACCUCUGCUCCAGCCAAAUGUGUGGCUUCUGAUCCUCCACGCAAGUCGUCGUUGAAAGAACCAAAGGAACUUGCCGUACGGCCAUCCUCUGCCCUUGGUGACGCUAACGCGAUUGAAAGAACCGUUCAAGAUGAUCGUGAAGAGGGACCUGCUAGCCGUCGUAGACGCCACUCUGAUCACUCAGUCCCGAGUCAAAGUCGACGAAAGAAACCGAUCCCGGAGUUGACGUCCGCUUUCAUCCUACCAGACAUCACACUUCGCUAUGCUGAAACUGCGCGAGAGCCUAUUCGUCUCUCGGAGUCUGCUCAAAAAGUUCUCGAUAGUGUUGCCGGUCAUGAUGGCAGAAACUGUACAAUUUGCAAGCGUCUCUUGCCUGAAGGAGUGACUCACAAUCAUGAUGAUGCCCACAUUACCGUACCCAAGCCAAUCCCAGUCUCCGAGCGUAUGCCUGAGCCAUCUGUCUACAAUGAAGAACCAACUCUUCGUCCAUCUCGUCCUCCUGCAGAAGCGCUAGCUACUGUUCUCAAGAGUCUCGAGGACGAACUCGCUCAUCUUAAAAUGCAGUUGGCAAUAGCGCAACAGUCUUUUUCAAAGCAUGACGCAUCUCUCGGCAAGCGACAGAGAAAGUCCCUAAGCAACAAAAUCGAAAAGCUACUCAAAGAAAUUGACACUAAAGCAGAUCAAAUCUAUGCAUUGUAUGACGUUGUCGAGGGACAAAAGCAAGACGGUCAUGAAAUGACCGAGAAGGAAAUGGAAGUUACUCUGCAGUCUAUUGGGAUCGAUGUUCAGAGCGCAGCUAUGCUUGCCAACCUAACAGGCGCCACUGAUCAGUCACUCCGCCAAAAAGCUGCACGUAAUGCUGAGGAUUCUGAUGACGAUUACGAUGAAGAAUUGCCAUGGGAGGGAUGCGAGAGCACUGCUGAGAUGACAGGUCGUCAUACUUGA